UUCCAGCUCCCUUGCCGCCCCGCAUUGAACUCGCCCCCGGUUCGUUCCGGCGCUUGCCCAUCGGACUCACCGCCGAGACAGAGCCCCACGCCAUCCCCAGACCCCCAGCUUCUCUCUCAGCGCCCUCCGCUUGUCGCGUUGCGGACUCGGCACACGCCGGCCCGCCCAGGCCCGGAUAUAGAGCGAACAGAGCCUCUGAGACAACCGGCCAGAUCGACAUCCAAGCGGUUGCUUGGUUCGGCAAGGGAGAAGGAUCAGUCCCCAGUUGGUUUUGUAGCCGGCCAUGGCUGCCAAGAAGGUGGUGCUGAAGCUGGACCUGCACGACAACAAGGAUAAGCAGAAAGUGCUCAAAGCGGUCUCCACUCUCCACGGUAUUGACUCGAUCUCCGCGGACAUGAAGGACUCUAAGCUGACGGUGAUCGGGCUCGUCGACCCCGUCGACGUCGUGGCCAAGCUGCGCAAGGUCGGGGCCGCCCACAUCCUCUCCGUCGGCCCGGCCAAGGAGGAGAAGAAGGACGGCAAGAAGGACGGCGACAAGAAGGACGGCGAUAAGAAGGCCGUGGUGUACCCGCCGCCGUGGUACGCCGCGCAGUACCCCUACUACCCCCACUACGGCGUCCGCAGCGCCGAGGAGGACCCCAACUCCUGCGUCAUCUGCUGAUGGCGACGCCGACGCCGAUCCCCGGCCCGGCCGGUUUUUGUAAAUUCCUAGUUGGCCUGCCUGCCUACCUCGAGCUCCAGCGUCAGUGAUCGCCGGGCGGGACCGGGGUGCGGUGGUUGGCCGCUGUGCUCUGCUCUACCCCUGGGUUGGUUGGCCCGUCCGCAGGUCGUUAUAUUAUGAUGAUGACGAUGGCCGGAGCAAUUACGCAGGCGAUCCAGGAGUAGUUGGUGUGAUUUCAGGCUGCAGCGCCAUUGCCGAUGAUCAGCGAGUUGUGUAGUGUUCAUAUCAUUAAUCAUAGCAUAUUGUAUCUGGGUUUUGUCCUUGCUAUUUGGGUUUGAGGCAUGAAACUAUAAACAUAUACAAAGGUUAACUGAACAUACACUAAAUUCCAUCUGUUCUGAUGUAUGAAGUCGAGUAAAUAAAGGAGCUGAACUGUUUGUUGGA